CUCGUUGCGCACUCUGGGCUGUAUAAAAACACGACAGUGUGAACUAACUGGUAUCAACACAAACAGCUCAAAUCACAAUUACGUGAAUACAGCAAAGAAACAGUCGGGACUUUUACGGAUAUUCGUGAGGGAGAAUGGAUCCUUGUGAUUGCUCAAAGUCUGGAACUUGCAACUGCGGUGCCACCUGCAAGUGUACCAACUGCAAGUGUACAACCUGCAAGAAGAGUUGCUGUUCUUGCUGCCCAUCUGGCUGCAGUAAGUGCGCCUCUGGCUGCGUAUGUAAGGACAAUUCCUGUGACCCCAGCUGUUGUCAAUGAGGUCAACGCGGCGUUUCCUACAAUGUGAACUUUGUCAUCGUCGUGCAUUGCAUUAUUAAUGUAGUCUUUCGCGACAUAAUAAAUUACCGCCAGUUACUGUCAAAUGUUUCAAAGAUGAUUUGUUUGGGGGGUUGGUCAUUGAUUUGUACAGCUAUGAAACAUUUCCCCUUGAUGGAUGAUCUUUAUUAAUGUAACCUUUCGCACUUUCUCAAAUAAAUAAAUGCAAGCAAA